GUGAAACAGCGGACAGCUACUUCAGUACCAUUACAUUUGUUUUCUGCACUUAUUCUGCUGUGGGUCGUUGUCUUAUCGCAUAAUAUCUCAACUUGAAAUGCGCGUAUGGAUGACGAUUAAACCAAGACGGCAUGUAAUGGGCGUGUUUUAGGGUAAUAAACCCAUGGGAAGGUGUGUCCAAACUUCUGACUGGUACUGUAUUUAAACCUUUGUGUUUUUCUAACACGUUGUUCGUGUCGUGUUCACGCUGUUUUGCUGCAGUAGUCCAGUCUGCUCUGGAGUUUUCCUGGUUGUCCGCAGUCUCGGGCUGCUGAACAAACCUCCACAAUGAGCCGAAUCUCAGAUGUGUUGAUAAAGAAGCUGGACCGUCUUGACGCGGACAGCUUCAAAAGGUUCAAGAACUACCUUGAACGCGAUGGCAAAAUCCCCACCCAGAAGUUGGAGAAGGCUGCAGUAUACGAUGUAGUGGCCAUGAUGGUGCAGGCCUACUGUGAGAGCAACUGUGGCAGUGUCGUGUCGGACAUCUUGAGGAAGAUGGACAAAAACCAGUUGGCCUUGGAAGUGGAUAAGGAACUGCCAUCAGGUGACAUGGCACAGAGACAAAUGGAGGAGACACGAGCCAUUAACGAGAAGCCAAACAGGAAGCGGAGUCACUCUCCAACACCGGGAGAGCCUGAGCCAUGGAAUAAAUCUGAAAUAAACAUGAUCAGUGAACAAAUCAAGACAGGAUUAAAGAGAACAGAAAACAUGUUUGAAGGUACAGAAGACAGAAAAAAGAAGACAAAAAAUCUCCAUGAGAUCUACACAGAGCUGUACAUCACAGAUGGAGUGAGCGAUGACGUGAAAACUCAACAUGAGGUUCGACAAAUGGAGAUACAGUCCCGAAGGGAAAGCUCUACACAAGAUGCCAUCGACUGCAAUGACAUUUUCAAACCAUCACCGGAACCAGGAGAACCAAUCAGAACAGUCAUGACUAAAGGGAUUGCUGGCAUUGGGAAGAGCGUGACCGUGCAGAAGUUCAUUCUGGACUGGAGAGAAGGAAGAGCCAAUCAAGAUGUCGAUUUCAUCUUCAUGCUGCCUUUCCGUAAACUGAAUGUCUACAUCAGUGACAGGUACAGUCUGUACACACUUCUCCGCAAGAUUCACCCCAAACUACCAGACAUCCACAACAUCCACAACAUUGAGCUGUUUGACAAAGCCAAGAUAUUAUUCAUCAUAGAUGGUCUAGACGAGAGUAAACUUCGCCUAGAGUUUAAUGAGGGGGAGACUUUGUCACAAAUAACGGAGACCUCGUCAGUGGACAUGCUGAUCGUCAACCUACUGAAGGGGAAUCUACUGCCGUCGGCCUCCAUUUGGGUCACGUCCCGUCCGGCAGCAGCACACCAGAUUCCCCGGGAUUAUAUCGAUCGGUGGACGGAGAUCCAUGGUUUCAAUGAUAAACAGAAGAAUGACUACCUCAUGAACAAAAUCAAGAAUAAAAUCGAAGCUGGCAGUAUCGUGAAACAGAUUAUGGAUUCCAGGAGCCUCUACAUCAUGUGCCGCAUACCUGUAUUCUGCUGGAUUUUAGCCACUGUGCUGAAUGAGAUGGAUACCAGGGACAAGGGAGACAUCCCAAAAACACUGACUGCAUUUUUUUCUUAUUUCAUCCUGAUUCAGCUUACGAGGAACGAGCAGAAGAAUGAGAAUCAAGAACAAAAAGAUACCACGGAGGUACUAAAGACCAACAAAGACGUGAUCCUGAAACUUGCGGAGUUGGCAUACAGACAGCUGGAAAAGGAAAAUAUACUCUUUUCAGAGGAGGACCUGAAAGAGUGCAAAAUUGACCCCCACCAAGUCCUGGAGAAAUCAGGCAUGUGCACAGUAGUCUUUGCCUCGCACGAUGUGAUCCUCAGGAAGAAGCUCUACAGCUUUGUGCACCUGUGCGUUCAGGAGUUUCUGGCAGCUCUGUUUGUGUUUCAUUCAUUCUCCUCCAGCAACUUUGAGGUGCUGAAGUCCUUCGCCAUGGAAGGGAAGCAGCUGCACGACUUGCUGAAGAGCGCUGUGAGGAGGUCCCUGCAGAGCCAGAAAGGACACCUGGACCUUUUCCUCCGCUUCCUUCUAGGCAUCUCACUGGAGCCCAACCAGAAGCUUUUUGAAGGGCUACUCACACCCAUGCAGAAAAGCUCAGAGAGCGUCAAGAUGGCAGUCCAGUACAUCAAGGAGACCAUCAAGACACACGGCCAGUCAACAGAAAGAUGCAUGAAUCUUCUGCUCUGCCUGCUGGAGCUGAAGGACUGCUCCCUGCAUGAAGAAGUCCAAGCAUACGUGCAGUCAGGGGAACUGCUUUCUCCUGCUGUGUGCUCAACUCUGGCCUACAUGAUGCUGGUGUCUGAGGAUACGCAGGACGAGUUUGACCUGAUGAAGUUCAAAACAACAAAUAAGGGGAGAAUGAGGCUGGUUAUUGCUGUCAGGAACUGCAAAAAGGGCCGGUGAGUGACCGUGCUAUAGUGAUCUGAUUAUAAAAGAGU